CAGAAAUGUAAGCUCGGCUUUUCCCCUUCUCCAGCGGGGCCUUUCUGCAGCCGAACCGCAGCGGGCAGGGCAGGACCGGCAGCGGCCGAGGAGCUCGGAAGGGAGAAGCUGGUCCUUAGGGAUCUGAUUCCUGCCUGCACGCAAUGCUGCACGCUCCAGAGGACAGAACCUGGGUGCUGAUAACAAGGACAUGGUCCCAGUGCCACCCCUGGGCACUGCCAGCCACAGAGGGGAUGUGUGUGCCUGGAUCAGGUGCAUGUCCCGUCCUACAGAGCAGGAGAUUCUGAGCUGUGACCGUGCCCYGCCAACCCCUACAAUGUGAGACCCGUGGAGAAUUCCUAUUACUGUGUAGUAAAUAGCAGGAAGCAAACCAUGGACACUCAGUUAUUUUCCCCAUUUUUGGGAGCAGUCUCCAGUCCUCCCACGGCCCCGGAAUCCUCACGGCUCAGCAGCGACUGGCUGGGGUGUGCUGAGGAUUUUGGAUCCCAAGCUGCCUUCCAGGAGUGCCCAAAGAAAAGGGCACCAAUAAACCUUUCUUACUCUGGCAAUGGCCCUGAUAUGUUUGGGUUGGUGUCAAGCAUUUUAGAGGAGCCAAACAAGCCAGAACCAGCUACAGAUUGGAAUUCUCUCUCUCGAUUGUUUCCCCCGAUGUGGGCGCCUGAYCUSGGCAGCAAUGGGGAGUUCCCGGGGMUCUCAGCUCAGCACCCUGUCCAAAACAAGGAUUUUAAGGAUUUCCCCACCCUGCUGGGCACCAGCUGCCACCAGGAACCCCUGCAGGAGCCUCCUGGUGUGGAGAUGCUGCACAGGGGCUUGGARGAUCUGCAGCUCCUCGAGUCUUGGCUCUCUCCCUGCGCUCACCCCGACAGUGCCCUSAGGAGCUCCUGCCCUGGGAAUUCCUCUUGGCAGAACAGCACCACGAUUCCCCAGGAAGGGUUUUCCUUCCCAAAUAACCAGCAUUUGUGCACUUUUGACCAUGUGAGGUUAAAUGGAGAAUAUGAAAAGUGUGGGUCCGAUUUUAGCCCUUUUUCUCCUCGGAACAGAGUGAAGGAAAGCCCCAGUGUACAGAAGGAGUUUUGGAGAAGUGAAAGGGCAAGAGGAAAAGCUCUGAAAAAUUAUGCUCCAGGACAAACUAAGUAUUCCCCUGAUCUUUCCAAUCAGCCUGUUGAUAACUCUUGGGAUAAAAUAUCCCAGGAAAACCACCUGUUUUCUAAAAGAUACGGAAACUUUACAGCUGCUCACAAACCACAGUCACCCGUUCAUCCAUCGCUUUAUUUUUUCAAUCAACCCCUGAAAGAAAAUAAUUUCUCUGGAGGAAUGGGCAGAAAACACCAGGAAACCCAUGGCUUUACUUUGGGGGAUGGUUUUAAUAAUAACAAUAAUAAUAAUGAGUGCAAGGUGAAUAUGGGCCCUAAGGAAAGCUCCCAUCRAGCAGCUGAAUAUGAUUUAUCUGUGAAAAAUGUCAUGCAAAAUGGGAGUUAUUCCUUGUACCAUGGAGGGGUGUGGCUGGAUGGGAAGAGUCUGGCAGCUGCAUCUGAUAUUCCAUAUGGAAAACAAAUGGCCACCAGCCCCCAGUCCUCGUCAGGGGUUUCCACCAUGUCUGGGGGCUCCCCCACCCACCAGCCCUUACCACAGCCCCCYUACCACUCCCAGCUCCUUCCUGCCCUCCCUCCCAGGAAAGGUGGGAGCUUACAGACAUCUAAUGGAGUUUCCAGUCAUUUGGGAGUUCCUCAUUUCGUCUCAGAGUGCCAGAAGCAGAUGAGACCCGUUGGGAGAUCUCAGGAGGAUGUGCUGGCGAACAAGGAGGGACGACGCCGUAAAUUCCCYGUUCAUUUUCCACCCGACUGGUUCACGCAGCAGAAAACUGCGGGUGAAGAACCUGAGAAAUACCMCAGGUUUCCAAAAAAGCAGAACCAGGAAAACAGCAAUAAAGAUGACAGGAGAGGCAGAAGGAAUUGGAUGCCUCAUUUGGGAUUYGCAGCCCCAAACCGCCAGCCCUUCAACGCGUUCCCAAAAAAGCACGAGCAGGGCGGUGGCAGCUUGUCAGAUUUCAUCAAUCCUUCUCUUCUCCCUUCUUUCCCAUUAAUGUCUGAUUUUAUGCAAAAUCCUGGCUUUCCUCCAUUUAACCACCAAUUGUUUUCCUCAGCAAAUAAUUUCAAUUUCCUUCCGCCACCAUUUCCAUUCUCGGACCUCACAGAUCUUUUUCACUACGACGACUUUAACCCCUUGAGUCCCUUCAUUGGUGAUCUCUUCUCUGGAGACCUCCCUGCCCCCUGCUUUGCCUUUCCAGCCCCAUUUAACAGGUACAGAGCUCCCAGGAGCCGCAGUGGCCCCGCUAAUGAGCUGCACAUCCGGCUCGAGGAGUGCUGUGAGCAAUGGAGAGCUUUGGAGAAGGACAGGAGGAAGACUGAAGCUGACCUGGCCAGACACUUCCCAGGGCAGUGCAUCUCCACCUCCAGCCCUGGCCCUGUGUCCCGGCUCCCUGCCCACCCAUCCCGCGUGGAUCGCCUGAUUGUGGACCAGUCCCGGGAGCAAGCCAGGGUGCUGGCGUUAAUAGGGACAAUGGAGAGGCUCUGCGGUGUCCCUGUGCAUGGGAACAUCUCCAGGACCUUGGAACUCCACCUGGAAGCCAUUCAGGUGACCCAGGCACGUCGGAAGGAGGAGAUUGUGAAUGCUGCUAACCCCCAGAGUCAGGGGCUGCCACACUGUAACAACGAGAAAGAUGUGCUGGCCCUGGCCGCUGCCCUACGCGCUCUGACCGGCGCCACACGCGGGGCUCGCACCGCGCUCUGGUGCGCACUGCAGCUCACUCUGCCAAAAUCCACACCCRAAAAACAACAACUCCAAGGGCCACUCUGUCCUCUGAGAGCACGGGAAGAGAGCAGCGUGGAGCAGGAGAGCCGAGGAAGUGGAAAAGCUGAAGAAACRAUGAGAAUUUUGGAAUAAUUGUGGAUAAUGAGAGGAGCGCCGAGGAUGGGGAGGAAAGGGCUUGGGUCCUGCCCAGCACCGCGGGAGGGGGAUUUUAUGGGAUGUCAGAAGGCAAAAAGGGUCUAUUAAUGUGCCUGGUUAGUGCUGGUACUGGGAUUCCGAUACGGGGAGACACAGCUUCCCGUGGUGUUAAUGCAGUUUUAAUAUUGCGGUGUCUGCUAUGUGAGAAUUGUAAUGCUCAGAGGAGCUGAACAAUAGCUGAGCAUUUCCUCGUGUGCUUACCCAAAAGUCAGGCCAGGACCUGAGAAACCACAGUGUGGUAGAACUUAA